UGUUCUAAAGGUUGAGUUGAGCUUUGUGUGGUUUAUGAUAACAUUUCUAUUAAGGUGCCACAAGGUGGAGUCAUGAGCGCAGCAAUGUUUGGUCCUUUGGUUCACUCGGUUCAUGGUGCACAGGAGGAUCGUCCGUUUCUCUGCUCGUCUCCAUUGGAGUUGAGGUACAAACUCUACAAAUCCAAGAGUUUUCCUCAACAAGAUCACUGCCCAAAUAUUAGAUAAUUGGCUUUAGAAUAAAAAAAAACAAAAAACGAAACGUGUUCUCCUGUGAGGAUUUUAUUUUGAAAGAGUCAGCAUGGGUGGGUUGGGUGUGUGCAUUUGGCAUCUCCGAGCAGUUGCGCUGUCGAUGCACAUCUGGAGAGCGGGUUCGAUGCGAAUUUGAAACAAACUGCCUCCUCCAGCUGCACACUGGAUAAAUAAAUGAUUUGAUAUAAAAAUGUUCAGAUUGUUCUCAGGUGACAGUAUUUCACUCAUCUGAUUCGAUACAGAAAGCAGUGUGAAGUAAAGCUGCAGCCAAGCGACGUCGUUGGACUGAACCGCCCGGUUCCAAACAGCUGGAUGAGGGCUGGAAACAUCUGCAGCGCCUGUCUGUGCGUAAAAUGAAACAGCAGCAGCAGCUGAGCAGCAGCUUUGUGACGCGCGUCCUGGAUGAAACGUCCCAGGAAUGAAGCAAAAGGGAUCUUUGCGCACCAUAGGCUGCUGAUGGGACAUGAUAGGAACCAUCUGAGAUUAUCUGGAAGAGUUUUUAGCAGGAAGAAGAGCCGAGUCCAGCAGACAGGAAUGAAUCAGAUGAGGCUUCUUCCCUCUGAGGAGUUGCGCUCUCUUCCACCGAGACCACCGAUUGUACCCGCAGCGUCACCAGAGAGACGCUUUGUCAAGUUGGGAAGGAAGACAAGUGAUGGCUCUCAGAGAUCUGCUUCAUCCACUGGCAGCUCAUCCACCAGCAGGUCAGCAGAGGUUGUGGCCGUCAGACAGCCCAGCAAGAGCCGCAUCCGUCGCCACACUAACCGCCUCUCGGGAGUCUUCCUCCGCGGUGCCGCCUCCAACUCCGGCCCGAUGGCACUGACAGUUGGCAUCAGGUCCUCAUUGUCCAGUCAAGCCAGGAAGGGAAGCAUGAUCUCUGCCGAUGCUUUACGAGCAGACGACCCAUCUGAGCUGUCCAAUCAGAUAACCGCUCCAGGAAUCCUGAAGAUCUUUGGGAAUGAAAUCUGCGAGGGAGCUCACUAUAAGAGCGUCCUGGCCACCACACACUCUAGUGCAAAAGAGCUAGUCAAAGAGGCCCUUGAACGGUAUGGCCUGGGCAAAGAGGAGGCAGAGUCCUACGUUCUGUGUGACACCAUUGGCUCCACUGGAGAUCAUCGGUGGAGGACAGAAGGGUUCCGAGUCGUGAGCGACAACGAGAAGCCCCUCCUCCUGCAGUCGCUAUGGAAACCAAGAGAAGGCCUGGCGAGACGGUUCGAAAUCCAGAGGAGAAGCUCAGUGGAGGAGAAGACAUCCAAAGACAAAGACACCAUCACUGCUGGCAUCAACGCCCAGGCUCGGAAGCUGCAGAAGAGCCGCUCCAGAGUGACCUCCACCCUCAUGGAGAGGACCACGGGGCGAGGCCACAUGCUGUGGAGGAGCAAAAGUGAGAUGGACCUCUUAGAUUCUCACACAGAGAACAAACAGGACACAGAAUGUCACAAUGAACGAAGCGAGAGCCUGAAUCAAACUUCGGCGCCGAGCUACGAGGGCCCGAAAACAAACCCGGAACAGAAUCACAUUCACAGCCUCGCAGUUCCCCCCGAGGGGGACGGCGGGUCGCAGCCCAAAACAGAGACCCUCUGUCCGCCGAGGCCGAGAGGCGAGCGGGAAGGAGAGGAGUCGGAGAGGGAGGAGACGGAGAGCAGCGACGAUAACACCACACAGUACUCCAUUCACCCUCCUCACGACUGUCCGUACCUGCUGCUGCUGCAGGGCUGCAGCCUCGCACAGGACUUUGUCAUCUACCUACUCGCCGGGCCGAACAUUGUAUUUGGUCGGCAAAGGGAUGAUGAAGACGGGUCUAAGCCUGACAUCCCUCUCUUUGCCACGGACAUCCUUCCGAGACACUGCCAUUUCCAUCGCCGUGGCCUUGGCGGCCUCACCAUGCUGUGCCCUAGUCAGAAUGCCAUGGUCACGAGGAAUGGCGAAGUGUUGAGAGAAGAAGUGCAGCUUCACCCCGGUGAUGUCAUCGGGUUGGGACAGCGCUACUUGUUUCUUUUCAAGGAUCCCUUUGCUUUGACGCACAAGGAAGUGAACAAUGCUGCUCCUGAGUCCAGCGUGACUGCUGUCCCCUGGAUGCUGGAUCACACCACUUCUAGCCACCCUAGAGAAAUGAUCCUCUGCGACACCUGCAUCACGACCUGCGCUGACCUCCAGAGCUCAAGCAGCAAACGGCCCCUGAACAGAGGCCUUCCCUUUUUAAAUUGCCACAGCCCGACUCUGGAGUAUGAGAGGGAGGAUGAGGAUCGCAUUAUCAAGGAGAUAGUGGCUAUGGGAAGGACCGGCGUCAAGGACAGACCGCCACUGACUGUUGCAUUUCUGCUGUGUCUGUGUGCUCAGUAUUCGUCCACGUGUCUUCAUACCUCAGACCUGCGCAGGCUGUUGUUGCUUAUUGCAAGUGGAGUUCAGAGUGCCAUGUGGGAGCACACUAAGGACCUAGCUGCAGUUCAACCUGACGUUCACAGCGGUGAAGGCUCGAACCCAGAGGACCUCCAGGCUCUCGGCCAUCAUGAGGUGACCUCAGGACUGCGCCCCCUGGUGGUGUGGAUGUCCAACAGUCUGGAGCUGCUGCAGUUCAUCCAGUACCAGCUGCCUCUUAUUCUGGAGUGGAGAACCCGAAAAGAGCAGGGACAGGAAUAUGAAGAAGGAAGGGAAAAUGACGAGAACAAGGAGGUGGAGGACUUGGCCGUGCUGGAGCUACGCCUGUCCUGUGUCAGUUCAGCCAGUGAGGAGACGAUGGCUGUCCUGGAGGAGGUCAUCAUGCUCGCCUUCCAGCAGUGUGUGUACUACAUCACCAAGGUCCUCUACCCCGUCCUGCCGGGCCUUCUGGAUUGCAACCCGUUCAGGGAGAGUCCUGACCUGCAGGUGACUGGCGAGAGUGUCCGGGUCCUUGGUAGCGUUGGACUGCAGGUCCCGGGUGAGAUCCAGCAUCUUGUGGACGUUCUGACCGAGACCUGGAGACUGCUCUCUGACUGUCAACUCCACCCGGAGAUUUCCUCGCAGCUCAUUGGCUACCUCUUCUACUUCGUCAACGCAUCGCUCUUCAACUCACUCAUGGAGAGAGGCUCUGAGCCAGGUUUCUAUCAGUGGUCCAGAGGCAUACACAUGCGGGCCAAUCUGGACUUGCUCCUGGACUGGGCCCACGCAGCUGGACUGGGAGAACUGGCCUUAGAGCACACACACACACUCUCGUCAGCUAUCAAUCUACUGGCUACACCGAGAAAGAAUUUACUGCAGACAUCUUGGGUGUCCUUGCGGUCUGACUACCCUGCCCUGACUCCGGCCCAGCUGAACCACCUUCUGAGUCUUUACAGCCCAGCAUCUCCCUACAUACACACCUGGACUCCACCUGUCCACGACCAGGCUACAGCACACGACACUGAUGAUAUCCUGGAGAGUUUUGACACCCACCAUCCUCUGGUGCUGCCAGAUGGGGGUUACCAGUUCACACUGAGCAGACAGGUAACAGAUUCAGCCCUGAGGGAGCAGCUGGACAAGCUCAAAGAGAUCAUGUCCACCCUUUCUGACUCGCGGUCCAAUGAGAACACAGCUACUGAGGAGCAAAAGGGUGGUUCCAUUCCGAUGGAGGCUAAACUGACUGAGAUGGAUAUCCUUCCCAAAGCCAGCAUGGAAACCUUGGAUACAUCGGCAUUUGAGAUGGUCUUAUCUCCGGCUACUGUCCAUGACCGCCAAUCCCCUUCUGCCUUACCUCCAUCACCCUCAUCACCUCCCUCCCCGUCCUCCACCCAAUACCCAGAUGAGUUCAGCUCCUGCGGUGCCCUCCUUUUGUCCCAGAAGCUAAGAAAUCUGGAGCUGCAGACCAGAGAGACCAGUGAGAUGAGGAGGUCAGCUCUGGACCCCUCCUGUCUCCUCACCCCACCCAACACCCCCCACAUCAUAGAUCCCGUCGAUUUGGUGAAGGCGUACCAGGAUAGAUGGAUGAAGGGUGACGGUGAGACACUUCCCUGGUCCUCCGGUGUGGAUACACACGAUGAAGGUGGAUUAGUGUUUGAAUGUCUGGCUGCACUGAAAGCAGACCGUUUGAAGUCACAUUGCUCCAGUAUGAACACGUUUGAGGAACUGAAAGAGGAAGAGGAGGAGGAGCUUUAUGAUGGCAAUAAUGAUGAGGUUUUUAGCUUGGAGCUGGAGCGAGGUGAAAGAGGACUUGGUCUUGCUCUGGUUGACACAAGGGACACUUCGUCGAGGGUGAAAGGCAUCUUCAUCCGUGCCGUGGUCCCAGACUCCCCUGCUGCCCGGUGUGAGAAGCUGGUACCAGGAGACAGGCUCCUGGCUAUUAAUGGUGUCAGUCUGCUUGGAUUGGACUACCAGGGUGGAAAGGAGCUGAUCCAGUCAUCAGGUGACAGACUGAGGUUGCUGGUGGCCAGAUCGGAUUGGAUGGCUAAGGCUAUACAGACUGAAUGCUGAUGGUGUUUUUCACUGCUUCUUUGAACCAAGACUGGUAAUGCCCCAUGAGAGCACUUAAAGAUGACUGCAAGAGCUUGUUCAACAUUCAAGUUCAGGACAAGUUCCCAGACGUGGAUGGCAGCUCCAUCUGCCCAUCCUCCGAGGUCCGCAACCUAUAGGCGUCAUCCUGGACUCCACCCUUUCAUUUCAGUCACACAUCAAAUCCGUCACAAAAAUCUCCAUUCUACCACAUCAAAAACAUUUCUCAACUCCGGCCAUCACUCUCCGACUCCGUGGCAAAGACCCUCAUCCACGCCUUCAUCACCUCCCGUCAGGACUACUGUAAUGGAGUCCUGUCCGGGGUACCCAGCAAAGCCCUGGACAGGCUCCAGUAUGUCCAAAACUCAGCUGCCAGGGUUCUCACCCGCACUAGGCCCUGGCAGCACAUCACCCCUACACUCAUUCACCUUCACUGGCUUCCAAUCAAGUCCCUUAUCAACUAUAAACUCCUCCCUCUCACAUACCAGGGGUCGGCAACCUUUACUAUCAAAAGAGCCAGUUUAGGCGAAAUAAAAUAAAAUAAAUCUGUCUGGAGCCGCAAAACAUUUGAACAUUGUGAUGAAGGUAACACAGCUUAUAGUCUA